CUCGGAUCAGGCAUUCCCUUUGGUUCCCAGCUCUCCCAGUCUUUUCCGUGAUAAGUGCUCACGGGAACUGGUGCUGAUUAUACUACUGCCAAGCUUGUGUUUACAAGUCCUCUCCUAAAAUGGACUCCGGAGCUUCACAUCAGCUAACGCUAGGGUCGUUUCAUCAACAACCAAUGGCUCCUGCUGCUGCUUACAAUCCCUCUCCAGGCCAACCCCAGCCUACCGGGACGCCUGGAUGGAGGAUGCAUCCGCCCCAGCAGCACCAAGAGCAACAUCAGUAUCAGCAGCAUCAGCAUCAGUAUCAGCAUCAGCAUCAGCAUCCGCAGCAUCAGCAGCAGCAGCAGCAGCAACAUACUCAACCACUGAUAGCGAUGCAUCCAGCCGUUACUGCUUCACAUCAGCCCAGUGUCCCUGGAUCGGCCUCAGGCUUACCGAAUUCCCCUCAAGCGCUGAUGAACGCCUUGAGUCUCUUGCAACAAAACAUCGGCGCGCUGCAAACGCUCAUCCCGCUGAUGGCGCAGCAGCAGCAGCAGCAACCGUCCGACACCGCUCAAGCGCAGCAGCUCCAGCAGCAGCAGGCCGCGGCUUCCGCCAGCGUCGCUUCCGUCAUCUCCCAGCUCGCGCUCGCCGCGUCCAACAUUCUCCCGCAAAUGGGCAUGGCUUCCCCCGCGCUCACGCAAAUCGGGAUGCCUCCUGCCGUUCCCGCCGGCAAUCCGUCUGCUCCUGCUCCACCCGCCGUCAAUUCCGCCGGCAAUCCGGCUACGCAGCUCCUGACAUUACCACAGCACGGCGGUUUCCAGCUUCUCCCGCAGCAGUCUCAGCACCAGCACCAGCCCCACCCACAACCCCAGCAACAGCAGCAGCAGCAGUUUGCGUCCUCGGCUCCCGCCAACCGCCAGCAGCAGUUAAUCUCGUCUCUCGGAGCCUCCGGCUCGCUGCUUCAGCAGCAGGCGGCGCAGCUGACUCUCGCGACGCAAUCCCCGCCGGCAAUCCCGGAGCAGCAGCACCAGCAGCAGCAGUGGCAGCACCAGGACCAGCAGCAGCAGCAGCAUGUGACCAAGCUUCCGCCUCCUUCCGGAUACGAGUCCGAUGACGUCGCAGCGAAGCUCCAGCUGAGCCAGCCGGGGUUCGCGCCGAGCGUGGCGGCACCGCUGCAGACGAAGGCGACGUUUCCCCCGAGGCCAGUUGCGCAAGCAGCUCCGCCGCAGGCGCAGGCGGCCCCGGCGCGGCAGUUCCCGAAGCAAGGCGCGGUGGAUAAGCUGCUCGGCGGGGCGAUCCUGCUGUCGCAGAAGCGCAAGCUCUUCCCCGAUGGGGAACCGCUGAACGCGGGCGCGAAUAGCGGUGGUGGCGGUGCUGGUGCUGGUGGCUCAGACCUGGCGCGGAAACGCAGCAAGGAGAAUGUGCGGGAGGACGGCGGAGGCAAGGAGCGUGGCUCUCCUGAUGGCGACGACGACGAGAGUCUACCAGACGGUUCAUUCGAUGUCAUCGAGAUGGACCCUGUGGAACUUCUGGCGGAGCACACCCACUUCUGCGAGAUCUGCGGCAAAGGGUUCAAGCGUGACGCCAACCUCCGCAUGCACAUGAGAGGCCAUGGCGAUGAGUACAAGACGCCUGAAGCCCUCGCCCGCCCCGACAAGCACCUCGCCAAUGUCGUCCAGCGUCCCAAACGUUUCAGCUGCCCGUUUGUAGGGUGCAAGCGCAACAGCCAGCACCAGCGGUUCCUCCCGCUGAAAACGAUGCUGUGUGUGAAGAACCACUACCGGCGCACGCACUGUCCCAAGAUGCUGGCGUGCUCCAAGUGCGGUGCAAAGCGGUUCUCGGUGGUGGCGGACCUGAAGACUCACGAGAAGCACUGCGGACGCGACCGCUGGCUGUGCUCCUGCGGCACAUCCUUCAGCCGCAAGGACAAGCUCGCCGGCCACCUCGCACUCUUCAAGGGCCACCGCCCCGCCAACCCCACCCUCACUGGUGUUGAAGAUGGCACUGUGGGUGCGAUUGCUGAUGGUGCAAGUGUUGAGCCACCUGUGAUCGCUGGCCCUUCAUCAGCACCUGCUCUUCCUCAGGCGGAAGAGAGGGAAGCGGUGGUGUAUCAGCAUGGGCUACCAGCUCAGCUGACCCUUGGUCAGCCUGGAGCACCUGGCACUGCCACGCCUGGUUCAGCGCAUGGUGACAAUGGUGGUGAUGGCGGCGGACAUGCAAUUCUGUUUGGCAUGUCUGAAUCGACGCUUGUUACAGCGGACUUUCUUGGUUCUGCUGAGAAGCAGUCACAGCAGUGAUUGUCAAAUUGGUCUCUAGUUUUUUGCCUUUGGUCUGUUCUAAUUGCCCUCGAAGCUGAACGAAGUGCAUGUUGGUUUUUGCAAGAGCGGCCUAAGGUCUAUGCUUCUUAUUUUCUUGUGCUCGUUUGAUUGUAACGCUCC